AUGUCUGUGCUGGACUGGACUGUUAACAACUUCAACUGCUCAGCUUCAGCUCUUUGGGAGGCUUUUGAACGGGCAGAACUGCUGCUUCUUCAGUCUGAAGGGGCAGAAGUGGCUGGUCUUGAGGAUUCAAUGAGCUGGAAUUGCACUGUAAAAUUUGUUGAGGUUUUCAUAUUUGUGAAAACUCAAGCUUUGCUUGUUCUUGGCUUUUGCUGA